UCUCCAGCUGCCGAACGGCUGCGCUACAUCCUGGGCGAGGAUGACGACCCGCCGAACCCCACCCUGUUCACAGAGAUGGACACACUGCAGCAUGACGGGGAGGAGCUGGAGUGGAAAGAAUCUGCCAGGUGGAUAAAGUUUGAAGAAAAGGUGGAAGAAGGAGGGGAAAGAUGGAGCAAACCUCACGUGUCAACAUUAACAUUGCACAGCCUGUUUGAGCUACGCACAUGUCUGCAGACGGGAACAGUGCUCCUGGAUCUCGAUGGCUACUCCUUGCCACAAAUCAUAGAUGACGUCAUAGAAAAGCAGAUAGAAGAUGGCCUGCUGAAGCCGGAGCUGAGGGAGAAAGUGACCUACGUCCUCCUGAGGAAGCACCGCCACCAGACCAAGAAACCGAUCCACCGGUCCUUGGCAGACAUCGGCAAAUCCGUGUCAUCCAGUACAAUUCGCAGCCCUGUCCGGACCCCAGCUGCCGGAGCUGCCUUUCACCGCUCCACCGAAGAUCUCCGCAUGAGGCAGAGCGCAAGUUACGGACGUUUACGCCAUGCCCAGAGCCGAAGCAUGAAUGACAUUACAGAGACGCCAAGCACAGAUCAGCUGAAAAACAAGUUCAUGAAGAAGAUCCCCAAAGACGCGGAGGCCUCCAACGUGCUGGUGGGAGAAGUGGAUUUCCUCGACAAGCCCUUCGUGGCCUUUGUGCGGCUUAUACAGGCAACGAUGCUGGGUGGAGUGACGGAGGUGCCUGUCCCCACCAGGUUCCUUUUUAUUCUCCUGGGCCCUUCCGGAAAAGCAAAAUCCUACAAUGAAAUUGGCAGAGCCAUCGCGACCCUCAUGGUGGAUGACCUCUUCAGUGACGUUGCCUACAAAGCCAGGGACCGAGAAGACCUGAUCGCUGGGAUCGAUGAAUUUCUGGAUGAAGUCAUUGUCCUGCCACCUGGCGAGUGGGAUCCGAACAUCCGAAUAGAGCCCCCCAAGAAACUGCCAUCUGCUGACAAGAGGAAGUCUGUGUUCUCCCUGAACGAGGCAGGGCAGAUGAACGGCGUGGCUGGCGGAGCAGCCGGAGGCAGCGGCGGUGGAGGGGGUGGCAGUGGCAGUGACGAUGGAGAGAUGCCAGCUGCACACGAAGUCGGGGAGGAGCUUCUCUGGACGGGCAGGUUUUGUGGGGGCCUGUACUUGGAUAUCAAGAGGAAGCUGCCCUGGUUCCUGAGUGAUUUCUAUGAAGGCUUCCACAUCCAGUCGAUCUCUGCCAUCCUCUUCAUCUACCUGGGCUGCAUCACCAACGCCAUCACCUUCGGGGGGUUGCUAGGCGAUGCGACAGACAACUACCAGGGUGUCAUGGAGAGCUUCCUCGGCACAGCCAUGGCGGGCUCGGUGUUUUGUUUCUUUGCCGGGCAGCCACUCAUCAUCCUAAGCAGCACAGGACCCAUCCUCAUAUUCGAGAAGCUCCUCUUCGACUUCAGCAAAGGCAACAGCAUCGACUACAUGGAGUUUCGCCUGUGGAUCGGCCUCCACUCCGCCCUGCAGUGCCUUAUUCUGGUGGCCACGGAUGCCAGCUUCAUUAUAAAGUACAUCACACGCUUCACUGAGGAGGGCUUCUCCACCCUCAUCAGCUUCAUCUUCAUCUACGACGCCAUCAAGAAGAUGAUCGGAGCCUUCAACUAUUACCCCAUCAAUUCAGACUUCAGGCCGGACUAUGUCACCAUGUACAAGUGCGAGUGCAUCGCUCCUGACCAAGUGAAUACAACCUUGUUCAAUGCUUCAGCCCCGCUGUCACCCAGCGACACUAACAUGUCUAUGUACAAUACUAUUAAUAUGACAGCUCUGGACUGGACCCAGCUGAGCAAGAAGGAAUGCCUGAAGUACGGCGGCAGUCUAGUGGGGAAAUCCUGUAACUUUGUUCCCGACCUGGCCCUCAUGUCCUUCAUCCUCUUCUUUGGGACCUACUCCAUGACACUAACGUUGAAGAAGUUCAAGUUCAGCCGCUACUUUCCCACCAAGGUCAGGGCCUUCAUUGCCGACUUUUCUAUUGUCUUCUCCAUCCUCCUGUUCUGUGGAAUAGACGUGUGUUUUGGACUGGAGACCCCGAAGCUGCAUGUCCCCAGUAUAAUUAAGCCCACCCGCCUUGACCGAGGGUGGUUUGUGUUCCCGUUUGGCAAGAAUCCAUGGUGGAUCUACUUGGCCAGCGCGCUCCCUGCUCUCCUGGUCACCAUCCUGAUCUUCAUGGACCAGCAGAUCACAGCCGUCAUUGUCAACCGGAAGGAGCAUAAACUGAGGAAAGCAGCAGGCUACCACCUGGACCUGUUCUGGGUUGGGAUCCUGAUGGCCAUAUGCUCCUUCAUGGGGCUGCCCUGGUACGUGGCAGCCACCGUCAUUUCCAUCGCCCACAUUGACAGCCUGAAGAUGGAGACCGAGACCAGUGCGCCAGGAGAGCAGCCGCAGUUCCUGGGCGUGAGGGAACAGCGAGUCACCGGGAUCAUCGUCUUUGUCCUGACGGGGAUAUCUGUCUUCUUGGCUCCAAUUCUGAAGUAUAUCCCAAUGCCAGUGCUGUAUGGCGUCUUCCUGUACAUGGGGGUGGCCUCUCUCAACGGCAUCCAGUUCUGGGAUCGCUGCAAGCUCUUCCUGAUGCCGGCCAAGCACCAGCCAGACUAUGUCUUCCUCCGCCACGUGCCCCUGCGGCGGAUCCACCUCUUCACUCUGGUGCAGAUCAUCUGCCUCACCGUCCUCUGGAUCCUCAAGUCCACUGUGGUGGCCAUCAUCUUCCCUGUCAUGAUUUUGGCCCUAAUCUUGGUGAGGAAGAUGCUGGACUUUGUCUUUUCCCAGCAUGACCUAGCCUGGAUUGACAACAUCAUUCCCGAGAAAGAGAAGAAGAAGGAAGAUGACAAGAAGAAGAAGAAAAAAGGCAACCGAGGGGAGGACAGCAGUGAAGAGGAGGAAAAAGGUCCUUCUGCCGGAGCGCUGCGGUCCGACUGCUCUCCCAACGGCUCGGACCUGGAUCGUAGCAUCACGCUGCACCUGAAGAUCUCCUGCCCAUCCUCCCCUGCUUUCAACUAUGUACAGACCCCGAUCUGCACCGUGCCCCAGGUGAAGAUCGAGAUGGAGUCAGACUCGGAAGACACUGACCCUGAGAAGCCUCCCCGGGACAUGGGCAGCGAGACCACGCUAUAGUCCCUGGCAGCACCAGCCUGGCACUUCUAUGUAAAGACCAAAAUGGGCAUAUUUUUCUACGGGACAGACUGAGGAGAGGAGGGGCCCAGAGACACGCCUCUCCCAUGGCUUUUAGUGUAAGCGAUUAGAAGUGCUGUUGACAGCCAGCUGGCUCUAGCAGGCACAGAAAUGGCCGGCAGCCUCCAACCCAUGCCGGGCAGGUGGGAGCAGCACCUGAGGACAUAGGACACCACAGGACCACGGGACUGCGGUCCCCCUGCAAUCCUCAAGCAGCUGCUGACAUCCAGAUGAAAGCGCCAAAGACGGGAGGGUCCGCCCAAGGGUGUUUGGAUUCAGGCAGCCUCGGCUCCAAAUGGCAGCCACUCUUCCAGGACCCUCUGUAGAUCCAACAGGCUUCCCACCUGCUCUCCUCUUGGGAUGCUCUUAGUCCACAUCCCCAGUAACUCGAGGCUUCCGAGGGCAGGGUUUGGAGCUGUCGAGGCUCACUCCCCACAAGGCAGCUGUGGCAUUCUCCCCAGAGGAGGGGGGCUCAGGGAUCUGAAAUGCAACUUGUGGCAGGGUCUGCUUUGUGCUUCCCAUAGCACCCUGCAGAAAACCAGGCCCAAGCUGAGUGAAGGAGAUUCCCUGCCUGGAGAAUUCUGUUCCCCAGAGAAGCCCUUCCAGCCAGCUCCAAACAAUGCAGCUGCAGGCCCUAGCCAGUGGAGGAAGGAGUGUCUGCUCUGCAGCGGAACAUACUGUGUCCCAACAGAGCAGUUGGAGGGGUGUAAAGGGCCGAGGCUGUGCCAAGGUCCCUUUCUGCAGUGCGCACAGCUCUCCUGCCCUGGGCCAAGCAGGUAUAGGUGGGUGGGUACAAGCAGAUCCAGGUGAGUGCACUCCUUGCUCUAAUGGGCUAGGUGCUAGAGAUGGAAGCCUGCAAAGCAGCCAGUUGUCCCGCUGGGUCUGGUUAGAGGGGCUGAGGACUCAAGACAGUGAGUCCUCAGCUGCAGCCCAAGCAGCAUGCCCCCUCCAUCCACAUCAAGUCAAGCCACAGAAAGAGUCCUACUGGUAACAAUAAAAAAAGGCUAGUCUUUCCCCGACAGCCAGCACACAUGCUGGUCCAAUGGCAGUCUCCCUUGAAAGGACCGCGCAGCGCUGGUGUUCCUGGUGGCUACGUAGGGAAGGUAAGAAGCACUCAUUGACAGGCUGCAAAAUGUGCAAGCCAACAGGACAGGUACCUAAAUUCUAAGUAUAGAGGUAAGAAAGACCAAGGUACAUUCCCAUCCACAGGUGUGAUCUGGAAGUGAAUAGAGAAUAUGACCUUGGGGGUGUGCCAGGGGCUCUUGAAAGAAGGCAACAGUGACAGCGGAGCACUGGCUGUCCCGCUCCAAGCGUAUGGGCACCUGCCCCUGAAGCCUAGCGGGUGGUAUCGAAGCCUGUAACAGAGCAGGUGCCGAGUAGCAGGCCAGCUAGCAGGCAGCAGCAGUCAAGCUGGGAAGUGUGGUCUAGGGUGUUGCCAGAAUAUAAACCCAUGCACCCAAAGCAGCACAGCCUUUGUAAGAAGAGAACCUGUGCUUUGUGCAGCUGUCCCAAUGAGCAGCCCACCCAUGAAACAUUUGGUCCUCACCAGUUUGCAUGGGGAUGUUGCCCUUGCCUUCCCGUCCUAUCCAGAGGAGUCAUCAAACUGUCCGCAUGAUCAGAGUGGUUCUCCCUCAGUCUGGAAGAGGCCCACAGAGGUACCAGAACACAUGCUUUAGUGGCUGACCCCAUGAAGAUAGCUGUACCUGAGGCCUUAGUAAUGCUGUCUGUCCAGUCAGCUCAAUGAUUUGCAGGGUCUGACCAGGGGAAGUGGUUCUUACCUUUGGCACUUGCAAGGUGUCAGGCCAGCAGGGAAAGCUGGUUCCCAAGCGGUUGUCACACCA